AUGUGCCCAGCUACAAAGCCCCUGGUGGAUCUUUGCUAUGUCUGUGGGAAACCGGACCAAUUGGCCAAAAUGUGUACAAACAAGGCAGCUUGCCCGGUUUGUGCAGAUGCCGGCCGGAAGCCGACCAACCAUCGUAGCGGCUCUUGGGAGUGCCCGGUAGUGCCUCCCAGAAAAUGGGUGGACAAGGCAUACGGGAGUGGACCAAAUGUCCGCGGGGAAACAAUUCAGAAGGACCCGCAUAACGUCGCGGAAAGAACUGCGAUGGAAGCAGUAAGUGCGACCAAGAAGAACAAAAACAGUGGUGACGAAGAUAUGGAGGUGGAACACGGUGAACCGGACAUCUCAAUAUGUGUAGAAGCAGUGGAAGGUCUAUAG